AGCUGUUCUAUACCAACCACGAGUCGAAUCCCUUGGUUGCUAUAAUAUCACUCAUGCUGUUCUACUGGUUUAGUGCGGAUCGUCCCAAUACGGUCGGCAUCGACAACACGUGGUGGUGGACGGGCGUAGUCAUCCGGCUGGCACAGCAAAUGCGUCUGCACCGUCAUUCUAGCAGUACGCUUCCCCAGUGCGAAGGCGAUUCGCCUGGCUUGAGAAGAAGAAUCUGGUGGACUUUGGUCGCGCGAGAACGUAUCAGUUGCAUUUCCCAGGGGAGGCCAUGUGUCAUCGACCCUGCCGAUUGUACCAACCCCAUGCCAACGAAGGAAGACUUUCCCGAUCCAGAUGGUAUAGGAACAUCGGUAUUUCUUUCUUGGUUGAAUCUGUGUGAUAUCGUCGGGGACAUCGGGACCAAAAUUCGACGAGAUUUACCAUUCUCGGAAAUCGCAUCCGGAAGAACUCUCAUUCAAUGGGUGGAAAACCUCCCUUCAUCGCUGCAUCUCCCCAUCGGCGGCGAGAGGACGAUAUUUCUCCAUCCAGAGGUCCAUGGAAUCUAUCUUACCUAUUUCUCAACCAUCACUCUCAUACAUCUAAACAAAUGCACUAAGCUAUUCCCACAAGCGUCUACUGCCGCAGUAGUUGCUGCGUCUUGCACUGCGAGGAUCUUUUAUGAUUAUCUACUGCGAGGAUCGCUUCGUUUUCUUGCUGGACAAGCCGGCUGGUAUAUCAUCAUUGCUAUCCUAGCGUUAGCACAUUCUCGCAGGGUCGAGGGCAUAGGGCAGGCAGCAGAACGCGACAUUAAGAUCCUUCAGGCGGCAAUUAAAGAAAUGGCUCGAUUAUGGCCAUCAUCUCGGAUGUUUGAGGAAGGUAUUGAGAAACUGCUGAAUAUGGAACCGAAAGAAAUAGUGGGCCCUAUUGCCACGAUGGAAAACUGUCCACCAUCACUUGAUAGAAACGAUAGCCUGUCGCCGACUGACUCCAUCGACUGGAGAGCUUAUUUCCCAUUCAUCUCGGCCGAGACCAGCCCGCUGAUUGGGACUCUGUUGUUUAACAGCCCUGCCAUGGCUGCCAUGGCUGUCCCUGAAAUAGAUUUGGCAUUUACCUUGUCACCGCAACUAAAUAACUUCCUCCUGGAUUCGGAAAUGUUCGAACUCAAUUUCUUGAAUUUGUAAUUCUUUAUAUAUGUGGAUACAAUGCCAUGUAAUUAUGGAGUCUAGGAAUUUGAUGAUUAAAAAGAUGAGUAAAAGAAGUCGUUGAUUCUUCAGGGGCAGUGCAUUGAGAUCUCAUUCUUCAAGGCAGGGUCCUCCUUUCCAGGAGAGCGAAUAUUUUGCAGGGUC